GUGAGAAAAAAAUAUUUUUGUGAUCGUAGGAGACAAGUCGCAAGGGCCACAACACAUCACUUCAAAUUUCGAUGGUUCGCGUUGACGAAAUUGGCUGAAAGUCAGCGAGAUCUAUAAACAUAAAACUGUCAUGGAGGCGAGAGCUAAGCACGAAUUCAAGGCCACACAAGAAGACGAUUUAGGCUUCGCAAAAGGCUCUAUUUUGAACGUACUGGAUAUGGAUCAAGAUAAAAACUGGUAUAAAGCCGAGCAAGACGGGAGGGAAGGAUGGAUUCCCAAAACAUAUAUCGAAAUGAAACCUCACGACUGGUUCAAAGGGAAAAUCACUAGGAAACAGAGUGAAGAAAUGUUAUCUGAAUUUAAGACUGACGGCGCAUUCCUGGUCAGGGAAAGUGAAACUUCACCAGGUGAUUUUUCACUCUCUGUAAGGUUUAAUAAUCAAGUACAGCACUUCAAGGUUUUCCGGGACACUGAUCGGAAGUAUUAUUUGUGGAACACAAAGUUUCUGUCACUUAAUAAACUUGUUGACCACCAUAGGGAGGCGUCUGUCAGCAGAUCCCAGCACAUUGUACUAAAAGAUAUGAUGGAAGCUGUGCAAGCAUUGUUUGACUUUGAGGCACAAGAAGAAGGGGAAGUCAGUUUUAAGAGGGGAGACUAUAUUGAAGUCAUUGAUAACAGUGAUGUCAAUUGGUGGAGAGGGAAAGUGUUAACAACUGGAGAGAUUGGCAUGUUUCCCUCGAACUAUGUAAAGGCAAAAGAUGUGAACAUAUGAGAAUCAUUUCUAGCACCAAGUUUUACAAAAAAGAGUAACAGUGUUUCUAAAGUUCUCUGUACAGGAGCAUGCUGGCAGGCACAGGAUGUGGCCAAAGGAAUGUGGACAUUAUGCAAAAAAUUCUGUGAUUUUCUGAUAAAAUAGGACUGUGGUUUGGGUGAUGUGCAAAAUGUGUGCCAUGCCUCGCCCCAAGCUUUGAGGCAGGGUUUGUUAAAAUGGUAAUAGCCCAUAGAAAUCUCUCAAUGCAGCAUGAGACUAGGCAUUUUUUCUCAAGAGGGAUGGAGAUCACAGACAGCCUUAGCGCAUGCCUUUGGCUACAAACUGUCCUCCCUGGAAGAUUAUUAAAAAUUGGGUGUGGAUGAUAACCCCUCCCAGACCAGUAAAAAUAAGGUAGAAUUAGACAUUACUACUUGACCUUGGUGAGACCAGGGAAUCCCUGGUGAGACAGGUGUAUUUCUCUGGUAGAAACCGAAUGCACUGAACUAUGUAUAGGUACAUGGACUAAGGAAGCAUUUCAGGAACUGCAUUUCUAUCUUGGCUAUCAGUCAAAAGAUUAGAAUCUUCACACAUUUUAUAAUAAUGAAGCUAGUUUUAAUAUUGUCACAAAUUUAUUAGUCCCACUGAUGCGUCAAUUUAAGGUCAGUAAAAUACUCUUUACAUAAUUUAUAAGAGUUUUUGUACGCAGCUGUUCACUAAGAAAGAAAAGAAUUCAUAUAGCAUAUCAGUUGUAUGUACUUUUUUUAUAAAAAAUAAAGAUAAAUCAUAGUGGCCAAA